AUGGGUUUCAAGAAUGUUGCUGGCAUAUUCUUGUUUCAAGGCUAUAAUUACCCUACACCCUUGCACAAAGCUUUAGACAGCAACAAUCAAACCGAUAAUGGCCUGCCACCCGGGGUACAGGGUGAUUUUAUCGAUGAUUUGAUAACCGAACAUAAACAGCAAAUAUUAUCCUCUAUACUAACGGAAACUCUGGAAACGGGAGCCUCACAAACAACCGGAGAAAGUAAACAGUUUCUGGGCAAUAAAUGUGCCACCUGCACCUGUGGCGUGCCCAAUGUCAAUCGCAUUGUGGGCGGUUCGCGUGUACGCACCAACAAAUAUCCCUGGAUUGCUCAAAUGUUAAGAGGCUCUUUUCAGUUCUGUGGCGCCACUUUAAUCAACGAUCGUUAUGCCUUGACCGCAGCUCAUUGUGUGUAUGGCAUGGAUAUGAAGGGUAUUUCAGUAAGACUUUUGCAAUUGAAUAAAAAUUCCGCCUCCCAAGGCAUUUUACGCAAAGUGGCCUUUGCCAAUAUGCAUCAGCUCUACAAUCCCACGACCCUACAAAAUGACAUAGCUCUGCUGAGACUGGAACAGCCAGUGCCCUUGCUAGAUCCCAUAAGACCCGCCUGUUUGCCCACCAACUCUAAUCAAAAUUUUGAUUUUAAACAGGCCAUAGUGGCGGGUUGGGGUUUGACUUCGGAUGGUGGUGAUCAGUCUACCUAUUUGCAGGAGGUGGUGGUACCCGUCCUAACUAAUGCCCAGUGUAGGGCCACUUCCUACAAGUCCAUGAUUUUGGAGACCAUGUUGUGUGCAGGGUAUUUGCAGGGCGGCAAAGAUGCUUGCCAAGGAGACAGUGGCGGUCCUUUGAUUGUGCGUGAUGGCAUUUUCCGUUUGGCUGGUGUGGUAUCCUUUGGCUAUGGCUGUGCCAAUCCCAAUGCUCCCGGGGUUUAUACCAGAGUUAGUAAAUAUUUGGACUGGAUUGCAGCCAAUACACGGGAUGCCUGCUAUUGUGUGAGAUAGAGGAGAAAGCUGAUUCUAAUUUCUAAUUAUUUUGUUCCACAGUAAUUUUAAUUUAUUUAAUUUUUUGUAAAGAAAAUAAAGUUUAUUUUUCAUAAUUCAUUUCAA